AUGGCGGAUUCUCGUCCAAAAAAGCGUCAAAAGCGGCGGCACACCACUGUUGCGCGUCUGAAAACCCGCGAACCCCAUUCACCCUCCCGCACUCCAAGUCCACAUCCAAUUCCACCUCAACCUCUGCCUGCUUCCAGACAAUUUGUGUUAUUCCAACUAGCCAAAGUAAUGAAAAUCAAGCCGAAAGUCUAUGGUGACGUUAGUAGGUUUAUUUUCCCCUGAAGGAAAUUGGUCAAAGGAGGUGUAGGAAACCAACAGCCGCGUAAGUUAUCCAUCACCUUGAUUCAGACCACCCAGCUAAGAUGUCUUAACAAAGUUUCCAAACACACUGGCAAGCCCCUGGAGGCGGGUGAGACUCUUGAAGACAUAGCCAUGGAACCAUUUGAACCUGGAAAUGAUUUUCCCAACGAAAUAGUGAGUUCCCUACUUCUCUUUUUUCCCCAUUCAUGCAACUUAUCUCCUACCUCGCAUUGAUACUGAUCUCCUGUACCAGUGGGACAAAAUCUGCUUUUACAUGGAUGAUGCCACUUCCACCCUCUUUUCCUACACCUGUCGCUAUGGCAAAGCCCAAAUGGAGAAAAGAAAACAAGACCCCAAUACUUCCCCGACGGCCUUUCCCAUUUCCUUAGAACAUCGCUGUCGAGAUAUGAAUGGCUACGGUAAAACUCUGAAAAAUUUGAUCAAUGAAUUCAUGGAACCAGAUUACAGAUUUGAUUCGACGGUGAAAUUUUACCGUACGACCCUCAACUUCGAAAUCGCCCAACUGGAUGAGGAGGCAGAGGCGGAAGAAUCACUCAACGAAGCCAUCAUGGAACAAGAACGACGGGAAGAUGCGCAUGAGGCCAGAUGGGAAAUCUAG